AUGAAUACCGGAGAAGGCUACAGAGGAGCUCUAGCUGAACUCAUCACUAUUUACCGAAAGAUGAAAAAAGGCCGAGAUACUCUUAAUAUCUACCAAACUCGCAAAGACCAAAUCUUCGAUGAAUCGGCCGAAACAGCCGCCGAAACAGCCCAAACCGUCCCUCGAGUACGUCGCCCCGAGACUAAGGAAGACGAGUACCAAAUGAUUUUCAACUUUUGUGCAUUAAACAUGAUCAAUCCAGCCGGAUCUAAGUAUCUCUUCUACUCACGCGAUGCCGCUCUACUCCAGGCCCAAACUCUAGAUGAACUCACUGCCACCGCCGAUUUCUCCAAAUCAGGCUUCUUCUGGCUCAAUACGUUCAACCCCACUGAUAGUGAGCUUUACUCCCUAGGCGAGAUGUUUAACAUUCAUAGUUUGUCCGUUCUUGAUAUUAAAGAGCGCAAUACCGAUGAAAAGAUAGAAGUCUUCAAACACUACACCUUUAUUUCCAUGAAACUCUUUGUGGAAACUCAGUCCAACACCGAAGAUAUUGAUUUUAACAUUCUUGUCUUUAAAGACUUUGUACUGACUUUCCAUGAUAAGCCCUGGAUAAGUGUACAUGAUACUUUCAACUUUAUUGAUUUACUAGCUAAGUAUACGCCCUUAACUCCUUCCUGGGUGUUGUACUCUAUUGUGGUCGAGUUCCUUCAGGAUAUUAAGUACCUAACUGAUAACUGCCGCACCCAAAUAAAUCACAUCCAGGAACAGUCCAAAAGCCUGGAAGGCCCACAAAUGGCCGAUGUUUUGAAAAGUAACUUUGCCGUUACCUGUCAAGUCAAUAACUUACAGGCUUCAGCCCGUAACAAACUAGAUAUUUUGGGCACUCUGAAAAGCCGGUGCCGCAAACGCAUUGUCCCACUAGUCCAGAAGUACCUCACUGAAUCAAUCGAUGAUCUGAAAGAGCAGUACAAACGACUGUCCGAGCACCACCGUGUACUUGAACGCUCACAGGACACGUACCUUGCCCUCCUUAAUGUAGCACAAACCCAGGAGGGCAACGAAAUGAACAAAUCAAUGAGCCGCAUGAGUCUGGUCGCCCUCAUUAUCUCGCCCUGCCAACUCUUAUCCGGACUUUGGGGCAUGAACGUAAAAGUCCCAUGGGGUGACACGGACGACUACUACCCGUUUGUAGUCAUUAUUAUUCUUUCCAUGCUGCCCAUUCUGGUCUACUUUUACCGCCCUCUCUGGCGGGCUUUAGAGACUCGGCGCCAAAAGUAG